UAUUCUUUCAGAUAUUAAAAGCUUCCUUAAACAGGGCUGCCUUCAGAUGUCUUCUAAAAGUCUGGUAGUUGUUUUUCACAUUUGGUGGGAGGGCAUUCCACAGGGCGGGUGCCACUACUGAGAAGGCCCUCUGCUUGGUUCCCUGUAACUUGGCUUCUUGCAGUGAGGGAACCACCCGAAGGCCCUCAGAGCUAGACCUCAGUGUCCGGGCAGAACGAUGGGGGUGGAGACGCUCCUUCAGGUAUACUGGACCGAGGCCGUCAUGCUGGUACAGCAUGAAACUCUUGAUCAGGGGUCAGUAAGGUUUACCUUGCCUGGGCCGGUUCACUCCAGGGGAGAUCUCUCCGUAGGCGGCUUGUGGCCCAUGAUGGGUCUUAGGUUGCCUACACCUUCUCUUGAUCUCAGGGUUGUGGGUUCAAGCCCCAUGCUGGGCAGAGAGAUUCCUGCAUUGCAGGGGGGUUGGACUAGAUGACUCUCGUGGUCCCUUCCAACUACAAUUCUAUGAUUCUGUUACACUGCAGUUUGGCUCCUGACAAAAACUGCAUUAUCCGUAUCCCUGCUUGCUAUGGUGAACACUUACAUCAUGUAAUUACAAAAUCAAUCUCAUUACCAUUAUAUUAUUCCAUUACUGAUAAUGCUGACUAGGUAAUUUCUGCUCUGGGCAAGGGAUGAAUAAGCAAACGUAGCAAAUAUCUCCCCCAUUUCCUUUCUCUUCUGGAUUCUCCAAAGUUCCUUGGAAUCAUGGAAUCAUAUAAUCAUAGAAGUGUACAGUUGGAAGUGACCCUGAGGAUCAUCUAGUCCAGGCAUCCCCAAACAACGGCCCGGGGACCGGAUAUGGCCCGAAAGCCUCAUUUAUCUGGCCUGCUGUCUGCUGCCACCGCCCGCUUCUGCCGCCUGCUCUCACAGGCGUGGCGCGGAGCGGCUGCCCACUUCCGGGUCGCAGAGCACCAGAAAUCGCCUGCGCGAAUGCGCAAGCGUCAUUUCUGGAGCACUUCCGGGUGGGAGGAGGCCCAUGCGCAUGCGCACAAGCUAUUUCCGGUGCUCCUGAGACCCGGACAUGCGCCAGAUAUAGCGUGUACACAGGCGUAUGGGCGUGCGCUCCUGCGUGCUCUCCCGCCUGCUGUGGCAUCGGCGCUGCAGGCACCGGCCCGAAGCGCCAUAAGUUUGGGGACCCCGAUCUAGUCCAACCCUCUGCAAUGCAGGAAUAUGCCGCUGUUGCAUACAAUAAUCAAACCUGCAACCUUGGCAUUGUCAGCACCACGCUCUAUCCAACUGAGCUACCCAGGCCCUUGUUGUAGGGGACAACCUCAUGCGGUCUGAGAAACUGGGUGAGGGGAAUAGCUGCCUCCGCUGCCCUCACCCUCAAACGAUUCUUCCUCCCUCUCUAACUCUAGCAAAGCAGGGCCGCCAUCACCACAAGAGGAAGCACAGACGAAUGACGCUGAGAGAGAUGGUGGCGUAUGCCUGGCAGAAGAUCCACCCAAAACUCGUCUUGCUGCAUAAGAUCAUCUACGACUUGACUCAGUCUUCCAUCUUUGACUUCCUAAUCUGCUCUGUGGUUGCCAUCAACUGCAUAAUACUGGUGGCUCAAACGUUUGCGGUGGUCGAAAUUCGGGGAGAAUGGUUCUUUGCUGCCAUGGAUCCUGCCUUCCUUUCUAUCUACGUGUUCGAGGCCGUCCUCAAGCUCAUUGCGUUGGGCUUCGACUAUUUCCGCGACCCGUGGAAUGACAUUGAUUUCUUCAUUAUGUGCAUCACGGUGGUGGAUUUUCUGCUUCCCUUGCUCCUCACCAACAGAAUAGGCAGAAGCGGCAACUCACUCAGUAUCUUCCGGGUCCUCAAAAUCUGCAAGGCCGUCCGUGCUAUCCGCGCCAUUCGCUUCCUGCUCACCUUCCGAAUGAUGGAGAACCUCCAGGACGUCGCAAGCACUUUUGUGUUGUCCUCCCAGGCCAUCGGAGCCAUUAUUCUGCUCAUGUUCUCUUUCCUUUUCAUGUCUUCCGUGGUGCUGCGUGACAUGUUCAAUGAAGCUGACGAAAAACACUUCGGAGACCUCUUCAACACCAUCUUCACACUUUUCCAGCUCUUCACUUUGGAUGACUGGUCCCUCAUCUACCUUAAAUGUCAAGAAGCAGGUUCCUGGUACAUCAUCAUCUUCCUGAUCAUCUACAUCCUUGUGGAGUACUUCUUGCUUCUCAACCUGGUGAUUGCGGUCCUGGUUGACAACUUCCAGAUGGCUUUGGUGAAGCGUCUAGAGCUCAAGAGGCAAAAGGUGUGA